UAGGCGCUGCGCUGUCUAAUUAAACCCCUACCACGUAAUCCCAACGAAACCAUCCCCCCCGUUUAAAUCCACUCCAACGGCGCUCACCAGUUAAACACACUGUCCUCCACUGCUAUCCCGUCCAAGACCCGGCCUCUGUAGGAGAGGAAACGUCAGCAGCAGCCGCUCCGCAUCGCAGCACCAUCACUGCUGCCUCUCGACUGCGCUGUGACAUGGUUUGCAGGACUCGGCUGCUGUAGCCAAGAGCCACUUAGUCAGUCAGUCGGUCGGUCGGUGUGUGUGGAUGUGUGUAAGUGUGCAGUAAGAAGCAGUAACGACAGUAGUAAGCAGACGAAGAUCUCGGUCGGUCUGGCCACACUAUUCCUCAGCGGCACCGGAGGAAGGAGCGAGCCGAGCAUCUCUGCAUCUUUAACCCGGCUGUCCUGCACACCGGCCCCGCUGAUCCGGACCAGGGAUACCCUCCUCCUCCCCUCCACAGAGACUACCUCGGCUUUAUCGGGUGUGAAAAGCGGCCUGGCUAGUGUUAUAGUCACUGUUGUCGUGAAGGAAACCAAGACUCCUCUCCCGCAGACAUGGGGAAACAGAACAGCAAGCUGCGGCCAGAGAUGCUGCAGGACCUCCGGGAGAAUACUGAGUUCUCUGACCACGAGCUGCAGGAGUGGUAUAAGGGUUUCUUGAAGGAUUGUCCCAGUGGUACACUGAACGUGGAGGAGUUCAAGAAAAUCUACGCAAAUUUCUUCCCCUACGGUGAUGCCUCCAAGUUCGCUGAGCAUGUCUUCCGAACCUUUGACACCAACGGCGAUGGUACGAUAGACUUCCGGGAGUUCAUCAUUGCCUUGAGCGUGACGUCACGAGGCAAGCUGGAGCAGAAGCUGAAAUGGGCUUUCAGCAUGUAUGACCUUGACGGAAACGGGUACAUCAGCCGUGAGGAGAUGCUGGAGAUUGUGCAGGCCAUUUACAAGAUGGUGUCAUCUGUGAUGAAGAUGCCAGAGGAUGAAUCCACGCCGGAGAAGAGGACAGAUAAGAUCUUCAGACAAAUGGACCUCAAUAAUGAUGGCAAAUUGUCCCUGGAGGAGUUUAUCAAAGGUGCCAAAAGCGACCCGUCCAUUGUCCGGCUACUCCAGUGCGACCCCAGCUCGGCCUCACAGUUCUGAACCCCACUGCCCUGCUGCAACCGUUUUCUUCCUCACCCUCUCUGUUGCUAUUGAAACAGUCACUCAAAUCAAUGCAUGAUGGUUCUAGUCUCUUAUAUCAUAUUUUAUUGUUUGGUUAUUGUGUGCAAAGAUGGGGGAGGAAUUUUAAGGGAGCUAAGAAAAGUCAUCUCUAUCAGUUUCAUUUUUAUAUUUUGGGAAAACAAAUGGACAUGUGCACAUUUAAUGAUUGGUCGACGGUGGCGUCCGCUUAUGUUUCCCAACUAUCUCUCUCUCUCUCUGGAACAUUGAGUUUCCAGGCAUCUGGUGACAAAGUAUGGAUGUUUUUGCAGGGUGGGGAUGUCUCAGUUUGUCCUCCAACACACAUGUAUAUCAUGUAUAUACUGUACGUCUAUAUAUAUCAUAUGAUGAAGUACAUUUGUCUUCAUGUAUGGUGCACACUUUCUGGUACUGAAAGGCAGUAUUAUGUAGCGUAGCUUCCUGGUCUGAUCCGAGCGAGUGA